GCUGAUGUCGAUAACUUUAGACGAUAAGCUGCCGAAGGAAAUUGCAAAUUUUCAGAAUUUGUUGACUAACGAAGCACCGGUGAUGUUGGACUUCCUAACGGAAUUGCGAAACAGUGGUUCUGGGGCGGAUCAGCUGCCCGGCAACAUAUACACCGAGUUCUUCGCGAACGUUAUCGAGGAUCCCAGGGAACAUGGAUGCAAGUCAGUGGAUCACGAUUUUACACCAGGAUUCUCCAUGCUGCGCACUUUCGAUACCGAAAAUAGCAAUCAAUUGGAGCCGCCGGCAGCCUCGGAUGCGGAUGUCUGGAUCUUUGGCUAUGGAUCGUUGGUGUGGAAGACGGACUUCCCGUACAUAGACCGACGACGCGGCUUCGUUUGGGGAUUCAAGCGUCGCUUCUACCAGCACAGCAUCGAUCACCGGGGUAUUCCCGAACGUCCUGGUCGCGUGGUCACCUUACUGCCAGGCGAUCCCGCCCAGGAUCGUGUCUAUGGGGUCGCCUAUCGCAUAGCUGCUAGUCAAAAGGGUGCUGUGCUUGACCAUCUGGACUACCGGGAGAAGAACGGGUACGAGCGCUGCAGCUUGGAGUUCCACGAGUAUCCGACUGACGGAGCAGAACCCAUCCAGGUGAUCAUAUACGUGGCCACGCAGGCGAACGAUUCCUAUGCUGGUGAUGUGUGGCAAGUUCCCUGUAUUGCGAGUCAAAUCUUCAGCUCGGCCGGUCCCAGUGGCCCCAAUCGCGAAUACCUGUUCAACCUGGCCGCCGCCAUGGAUCAGCUCUUUCCCGGUGCUGUAGACGAUCAUCUCGAAGAACUGGUGGCUUGCGUUAAGCGUUACAUUGUCGAGGAUGAGCCCCAGUUAAUACGACAUGCGCUGUUGCAUGAGAUAUCCGGUAUUCUGGAGGAGGAGGAGCUAGCGGAGCAGGCCCACCAGCUGGAGAAGCUUUUGGAGCGAUGUCAGAAGCCUGGCGGACGCGAGUGGUUGAUCCACGGAGCACUGCAAGCCAAAAAUAAGUCGUGACACCCCGAACAUUUUGCAAUUGAAGACUACUGUUUAUUGUAAAUACCAAGAAGCUUGGGAAAUUUCUUUUUAGAUGCACCAUUCCAAAUAGACCAAUUGCAACGACGUGUUACAGAGGUUUCUGACGAAUCACAAUUACGAUUGUGAUUUCAGUCAUGAACAUUAUUUAUUAUGAAUUUUGAAUAUAAAUUUAAAACAAACA